GGUGCCGGUGCCCGCGGUGCCGCUCGCUCCCGGGAUGGAGCCCCCGACCGGCACCGAGAGCGCCCGCCUGGUCAGCCCGCGGGGCGGCCGCGCCGACAGCAGCCUGCGCCUCAAGAGUCUCUUCACAGGCUCUCGAGACCCCUCAGCACUGGCGGCCCCCCCGGCUCCAGAUGCCCACUGCCGCUGCAGCCCCCCGACCCCCAGCCCCGGGCAGGGCGGGCUCCAGGCCCGCCGGCAGCUGAGCGUCGCCUGCGCCGUCUGCUGCCUCUUCAUGGUCGGGGAGGUGAUAGGUGGGUACCUGGCACACAGCCUGGCCAUCAUGACGGAUGCAGCUCACCUGCUGACAGACGUGGGCAGCAUGUCUGUCAGCCUCUUCUCCCUCUGGGUCUCCAACCGCCCACCCACCAAGACCAUGACUUUUGGCUGGCACCGCUCAGAGACACUGGGUGCGCUGGCCUCUGUCCUCUCUAUCUGGGUUGUGACCGCAGCCCUGGUCUAUCUGGCGGCCGCCCGCAUCAUCAGCAACGACUAUGAGAUUGAGGCACGAGCCAUGCUGGCCACGUCCGCCUGUGCCGUGGCCGUCAAUCUGAUCAUGGCCUACAUCCUGCACCAGUCCCCUGCUGGCCAUGGCCACGGCACGGGGGCCUACGAGCAGCUGGAGAGCUCUGUGGCCUGCCAGCCCAGCCGUAGCCCCCUGCCCGGCAGCACCAGCGUGCGGGCAGCCUUCGUCCACGUGGUGGGUGACCUGCUGCAGAGCGUCAGCGUCCUCGUGGCUGCCACCAUCAUCUACUUCAAGCCCCAGUGCAAGAUCGCAGACCCCAUCAGCACCCUCUUCUUCUCAGUCUUCGUCCUUGGCUCCACCAUCACGAUCCUCAGAGACGUCUUCAGGGUCCUCAUGGAAGGGACACCACGGGGCCUGGAGUUCGAUGCGGUGAAGGAGGUGCUGCUGGGGGCCAGCGGGGUGCGGGGUGUCCACGACCUGCACCUCUGGGCGCUGACGCUGAGCCACCUCGCCGUGUCGGUGCACGUGGCUGUGGAUGCUGGCACUGACGCUGAGAUGGUGCUGCAGGAGGUCACUGCCCGGCUCCAGAGCAGGUUUGGCUUUGCCCAGUGCACGGUACAGGUGGAGCAGCACCAGGAGGAGUCAGCAGGCUGUCCCCACUGCCAGGACCCCCGAACCUGAGACCCCCACCCGCUGCUACGCUGGGCCAGGCGUGGCCCUGGCCCCAGCUCCUUGUGCUACAGCACGGCAGUGCUUGAGAUCCCAAC